AUUCACUAAUGCGACUGCGCAGAGAAGAGCCGGAUUGUGGCCGUGUCACGUGCUGGGGGCGCGCCAGGAAGAUGGCGGCGCGCGGCGGCGUGGAGGAGAUGCGGAGCCGGGUGAUACUGGGGGAGUUCGGGGUCCGCAACGUUCACACCACGGACUUUCCUGGCAACUACCCUGGCUAUGACGACGCUUGGGACCAAGCCAAGUUUGAACAGAAUUUCCGGGUGGACGUGAUCCACAUGGAUGAGAACACGCUGGAAUUCGACAUGGUGGGGAUUGACGCAGCCAUUGCUAAUGCCUUCCGGCGCAUCCUGCUCGCUGAGGUGCCAACAAUAGCUGUAGAGAAGGUCUUUGUGUACAACAACACGUCAAUAGUGCAGGAUGAGAUCCUGGCCCAUCGCUUGGGCCUCAUCCCCAUCCGAGCUGACCCACGCCUCUUUGAAUAUAAGAACCAAGAUGAUGAGGAAGGCACAGAAAUUGACACACUGCAGUUCCAGCUGAAAAUCAAGUGCAAACAGAAUCCUCGUGCUGCUAAGGAUUCAUCUGAUCCCAACGAGCUCUACAUUAAUCACAAAGUGUACAGCAAACACAUGACAUGGGUACCCCUGGGAAAUCAAGCAGACCUGUUCGCAGAUGCAGAUUUGCGUCCUGUUCAUGAUGACAUCCUUAUUGCCCAGUUGCGGCCUGGCCAGGAAAUUGAUGUGCUCAUGCACUGUGUCAAAGGCAUAGGUAAAGACCAUGCCAAGUUUUCUCCAGUGGCUACAGCUAGUUACCGGCUGCUGCCUGAAAUCACUCUGCUGCAACCCAUUGAGGGUGAGGCAGCUGAGACACUGAAGAAGUGCUUCUCCCCUGGAGUUAUUGAGAUUCAGAAUAUCAAAGGGAAGAAGGUGGCAAAAGUGGCCAAUGCUCGGAUGGAUACAUUUAGCCGAGAGAUCUUUCGUCAUGAUGAUCUGAAAAACCUUGUGCGUCUGGCACGAGUGCGAGAUCAUUACAUCUUCUCAGUGGAGUCAACAGGUAUCCUACCUCCAGAUGUGUUGAUGAGUGAGGCCAUCAAAGUGCUGAUAGGGAAAUGUCGACGGUUCCUGGAUGAGCUGGACUCCAACCAUAUGGACUGAGCAGUUCAUAUCUGAGUAGUAUAGACUGAUUAUUUUCAGGAAUUGUUUCAAGCCCACAUAUCUGUGUAAAGUGGGGGAGGUGUUGCUUCAAGGUUGCUAAGCACUGGGGCUAUCCAGAUGGACACACUAGAAAUGAAAGUGCUGUUAAAUUUCAGGAGUGAUAUACACAGCUGAAAGUGGAGGUGCUACAUGCUAGCAAGAGUUAGCAAAAUCUUAAAGCUCUUUUUCUAAGAAUGUGCAGCACUAGCAGAGGACUACCAGUAAAGCCAGCAGAGGCUUGUACUGGGCCUUACUAAAGGUCCUAGAGCUAACCGAAACCUUAGUAAGGAGAAGGGCCAGCUCUAGCUCAAGGCAAAUUGUGUGGCAUUCUUAAUAAGAGGCUAUUUUAAAUGUCAGACUUAAGUAAAUUUAACCUUAGAGCGGCUUGAUUUGCUAGGGUAAGUGGGAAAAGGCAUCACUUACUACUAAUUUGUUAACAAAAAAAAUGCUAGUGCCACAAUACUUGGGCUGGUGCUUCAAGAUGCGGGCUAGAGUGUUGAGGCCAAUACACCUCUUGCCUUUUUUCAUCCAGUGUGAGCUAUUGCUGUAGUUAUUUGAUCACCAAGGGGAAGAAUGAUAAGUCCAUCUGUAUUAAGAUGGGGGUCUGCUGUGACAGUUGGAGUAGUACUGUUUAUAGAGGAGUGCAUGUUCCAGCUCAAGCUUCCUCAUCCAUAAAUAAACAUUAAAAAAGGGAUUUUCAACAUUC